AUGAUGUCCUGUUUUAUUCAAGCCAUUCCCUUGUUGACCUUGAGGGAAAUGAAGGUUGAAAAGGCGCUUUCGCUACAUUCAAACUAUCACUGGCCAGCCAGCCAGAUCAUCGUCAUCAUUAUUAUCAAGAUCACCGUCAUCAUUAUUAUCAAGAUCACCGUCAUCAUUAUUAUCAAGAUCACCGUCAUCAUUAUUAUCAAGAUCACCGUCAUCAUUAUUAUCAAGAUCACCGUCAUCAUUAUUAUCAAGAUCACCGUCAUCAUUAUUAUCAAGAUCAUCGUCAUCAUUAUUAUCAAGAUCACCGUCAUCAUUAUUAUCAAGAUCACCGUCAUCAUUAUUAUCAAGAUCACCGUCAUCAUUAUUAUCAAGAUCAUCGUCAUCAUUAUUAUCAAGAUCACCGUCAUCAUUAUUAUCAAGAUCACCGUCAUCAUUAUUAUCAAGAUCACCGUCAUCAUUAUUAUCAAGAUCAUCGUCAUCAUUAUUAUCAAGAUCACCGUCAUCAUUAUUAUCAAGAUCACCGUCAUCAUUAUUAUCAAGAUCACCGUCAUCAUUAUUAUCAAGAUCACCAUCAUCGUCAUCAUUAUUAUCAAGAUCACCGUCAUCAUUAUUAUCAAGAUCACCGUCAUCAUUAUUAUCAAGAUCAUCGUCAUCAUUAUUAUCAAGAUCACCGUCAUCAUUAUUAUCAAGAUCAUCGUCAUCAUUAUUAUCAAGAUCACCGUCAUCAUUAUUAUCAAGAUCACCGUCAUCAUUGCCAUUACUGCCAUCAUCGUUGUUAAUAUUUGCAAGUUGGUCGUCACAAUUUUCAACUUUCUCGUCCUCAUAAUCAUCAAUGUCUAUAUAAGUGGCAAGAUCGUUCAUAUCAUUGUAGUCUUUAUCAAAAGCAACCCAGGGGAUGAUGGCAUGAAGACGCAGUGCAAUGACACACUUGCUUGUACUGGGAAAUAUGGUUUAUCCCGCCACUGA